CUCGUGUCCCAUUUCACUGCAGCUGGCUGAGACUUUUACUACCGCCGAGAUGUUCCCUGGGAAUGUGCGCGUCUUGGCUUUUCCUGAAGGACAUUAUGUUUUAUUGCACCAGGCAUGCCAAUUUUGUCCCUGCUUUUUUGGCGGACAGGAACCGCUCACGUUCCAACCUUGGGAGGAUUUGGAGGGGGGGGCUGUAUUUAACUAAACAAACCAGCAGGAGACCAAGGAACAUUGAACCUGGGGAGAAGCAGAACGCAAAGCACAGCUCCGUUCAAUCAGGUACAAGCAGCUCUUCUUGGAGGUAAAGUAGGGCUACCCAAACCAAAAUCCGUACCAUGGGCAAGAAGGAAGAGGAAUUUGGUUACUUGUUAGACAACAAUGCGGCCAACACAGAAGUUCAGACAAAGACCGGUAGCACUGACCAUUGCAGCCAACACAGCUCCACGGAGACGCACAAGUCGCUCGAGUCAACUUACCUUGGUAGCGAUGACGACGAGGUUCGAAGAAGUCAAGCUGGUCAGACCUGCGACUAUGGAGAAGAAGAGGGUCACCUGGUCUACCACAUUGGCCUCCUGCUUGAGGAACGCUAUGAGGUGGUCUCUACACUGGGAGCAGGUGCCUUUGGAAAGGUUGUGGAAUGUAUUGAUCGUGACAAGGGCUUGCGUGCAGCAGUGAAGAUUGUGCGGAAGUUCGAAAGCUUCCGUGAAGUGGCAAAGUCCGAGAUCACAGUCCUGGAAGAGAUCAACAUGUUGGACGACGACAACAGAUUCGCCUGUGUCCGGAUGCUGGAGUGGUUCGAGCACCAAGGCCACGUGUGUAUGGUGUUUGAACUGCUGGGCCUCAGCACCUAUGAGGUCCUUCGGCAGACUGACUUCCUGCCAUACAGCGUGGACCAGAUCCAAGACAUGGCAUUCCAGAUCUUUAAAGCCGUCAGCUUCCUGCAUCGUAAUAAGUUGACCCACACUGACCUAAAACCAGAGAACAUCCUGUUUGUGUGCUCUGACUACAAACUAGAGUACAACAAUGACACGAAACGUGACGAAAGGAGGAUGAGGAGUCUGGACGUUAAAGUGGUGGAUUUCGGAACUGCCACGUUCGACUAUGAACACCAUCAAUCGCUCGUGUCAACUCGCCACUAUCGAGCUCCGGAGAUCAUACUAGAUCUCGGCUGGAAUCAGUCAUGUGACGUUUGGAGUUUGGCCUGCGUUCUCAUGGAGUACUAUCUUGGACAGACACUCUUCCCGACGCACGACAGUAAAGAACAUCUAGCCAUGAUGGAGAAAAUCAUAGGACCAAUCCCUCCGCACCUGCUGAAACUCACCAGUAAACAACACUACGUACACAACCAGCGACUGGACUUGGACGAGAACAGCCCCUCCGGCGAAUAUGUUAGGAAACACUGCAAACCUCUUAAGCUCAUGCAGAGGAAGAGCGAGGGCGAGCGGCAGUUGUUGGACCUGCUCGGCUGCAUGCUGGAGUACGACGUGAGCAGGCGCAUCACCCUGGAGGAGGCGCUGUGGCACCCUUUCUUCAGCCCCAUGAGGACGCAGAAGAAGAAACAAAGCUAACUCACGCACGCACAGAAACCCACUCAACAUCUACCUCCACCUGCCACGUCUCAAUAUCGAUUUAUUGCACCUGGGGAUAGGCUAGUUGGCAACACUAAAUUGUCCCUAGUGUGUGAGUGGGAAUGUUAUCUGUGUGUUGGCCCUGCUGGGAUAGGUUUUGGCAACCCCGCAACUCCGAGAGGGACAAGCAGUAGAAAAUGGAUCAAUGAUGAUGAUGUUAUUAGCAUUCCUGUCACUUACUGACAUCAGGUCGUGACAUUUAGCAUCCAGAAAAAUUGAAAGGCGCUUUAUUAAAAAAAACAAUCCAAUGUAGGUAAAGAUAUGAUGGAAUAAUAAAUAAUCAAAAUAAUUAUUGAUUAUAAUUUUGCUUGCUAAUCAUUAAAGGUCUACUGAAAUGAGAUGUUCUUAUUUAAACGGGGAUAGCAGGUCCAUUCUAUGUGUCAUACUUGAUCAUUUCGCGAUAUUGCCAUAUUUUUGCUGAAAGGAUUUAGUAGAGAACAUGGACGAUAAAGUUCGCAACUUUUGGUGCUGAUAAAAAAGCCUUGCCUUUACCGGAAGUCGCAGACGAUGACGUCACAAGGGUGAGGGCUCCUCACGUCCUCACAUUGUUUAUAAUCGGAGCCUCCAGCAGCAAGAGCUAUUCUGACCGAGAAAACGACAAUUUUCCCAUCUAUUUGAACGAGGAUGAAAGAUUCGUGGAUGAUGAUAUUGAUAGCGAAGGACUAUAAAAAAAAAAAAUAAAAAUAAAGUUUUUUUAAAAAAAGGCGAUUGCCUUGGGACGGAUUCAGAUGUUUUUAAACACAUUUACUAGGAUAAUUCUGGGAAAUCCCUUAUCUUUCUAUUGUGUUGUUAGUGGUUUAGUGAGAUUAAAUAGUACCUGAUAGUCGGAGGGGUGUGUCCACGGGUGUCUUGAGGCCUGUCUCUGAGGAAAGUUGACGUCAUCUGCAUGGACGGCGCAAGCUCAGCUGAUCUCCGGUAAGAGGCGACUUUUUACCACAAUUUUCUCACCGAAACCUGCCAAUUGACAAGUGGUCGGGAACCAUGUUCGCUUGACCGCUCUGAUCCAUAGUAAAGCUUCACCUCCGGGAAUUUUAAACAAGGAAUCAUCGUGUGUUUGUGUGGCUAAAGGCUAAAGCUUCCCAACUCCAUCUUUCUACUUUGACUUCUCCAUUAUUAAUUGAACAAAUUGCAAAAGAUUCAGCAACACAGAUGUCCAGAAUACUGUUUAAUUGCGUGAUGAAAAGAGACGACUUUUGGCCGCAAAUAGUGUUGCGCUAAUAUUUCCUGACAGUUCGUAGACGUCACGCGCACGCGUCAUCAUUUCGCAACGUUUUCAACAAGAAACUCCGCUGGAAAUUUAAAAUUGCAAUUUAGUAAACUAAAAAGGCCGUAUUUGCAUGUGUUGCAUUGUUAAUAUUUCAUCAUUGAUAUAUAAACUAUCAGACUGCGUGGUCGGUAGUAGUGGGUUUCAGUAGGCCUUUAACUGGUCAUAUUAAUAAAAUCUAAUUACUCAGUAAAAGAAAACAAAAAACAACCUACAUUUAAUGUAUGGCGCCACAACAAAAUUUGGUAUCCAUCCGAUACCAAGUAAAUACAAGGCCAGUAUUGCCGAUAUUGAUACUUUUUUUUGCAAUAUCAAUGAAUGAUUUUGUGAUUUUUGCCUUUGUUUUGUUGAUCAUCGUUAUAUUAAGAAUAAAACAUUAUGGGCAAACAAAAAAAAUUAAAGUGUUUUAUAUCAA